AGAUGUCUACCGUAUCAAUUCUGCUUCUGCCGGUGGAUACACUUUUCUCUUACGGUUUCUGGGACAUCGCCGAAAAUGCGUACGCGCAGAUACUUCAGCAAGCAUUAGAGGAUGAUGACAGCCUGUUGGAGAUUUCUGUCUUAAAAAGCAUCGGUGAUGUCUAUCUCGAGAAGGGACGGGUCAGUAAAGACGGUAAAGACUUCACCAAAGCCUCGGCCUUGUACAACGCGGCCCUGGUGCGCUGUGCGGACUGGGACGGUAGACAGAGCCUGGUGCACCGCAUCAAACGUACGGAGAAAUGCUUCAUGAGGUACGUGGCUGGUGUCCAUGAUACUGCGGUCUCUCCUCGCAAGGAUGACAUUGCUCGUAAAGUACAACUUCAGAAGAUAAGAGUCUAUUGCAAAGAACAGCUUCGGACGCUUUCUUCACGUGCCAACUGCCCCUAUAUAUAUAAAGACAACCCCAUGGAGAGUGAAGAGGCACGAAAUGCCGAAAGAAGACGAACAGAAGCGGUCAGGUCGCUGUACCACUACGUCACGGUCAAAAUGAAGCAGUUCAGUGCUGACAUGGUAGAAGAAUGCAUCGAAACACUAGGCCCAGUCCCGUGCCAGUAUGCCAUGGUAGGAAUGGGGUCGAUAUGCCGGGAGGAAAUGACGCCAUACUCGGACCUGGAGUUCGCCAUUUUGGUAGAAGAAGGGAAGUGCACGGAUCAAACCAAGACCUACUUCCGCACCCUCACUCACUUGUUUCAUUUGAAAGUUUUAAACCUAGGGGAGACGAUCCUGCCAUCUAUGGCAAUCAAAAGCCUCAACGACUUCAACAACAAGGAAACUGACUGGUACUAUGACGAUACGACACCUUGUGGGUUCAGUUUUGACGGCUCCAUGCCCUGGGCGAGCAAGACCGCCCUCGGCAGGGACCAAACCUCGUCCAAACCCGCCUUAGAACUCAUCAUGACUCCCAGCGAAAUGGCGGAGCUGCAAAAGGACGAGCGAUCAGUCAAAGAAGGAUACCAUCUAGCCGAUGUCCUCUGUAACGUGACUUUGAUCUCAGGUGAGAAAACUUUGGUAGAGGCUUACAGAAACAAGGUCCAGGAGUUGCUCGAUCUUCCCUCACAACUGUGGCAGGUCUACACCGAGAUGUCCAUGCCAGAGGAGGCAGAGAAACACAGACUUGGAUGGAUACACUGUUUACAUCCAUGUUUAUCGGAAGUUAUUAGUAUCCUAAUGCUUCAGGGAAGAACGUCUCUUCAAGAUGUACAGUGUCAAACAAUUGAGGACGGGUUUCAGACGUUCGGAGAAGCUGUCGACAGUGACAAAUUCGUCGUACCGUGGGACCUCGCAGUUUACAUACUGAACUAUUCGGCGCUUUUGGAAAACCAGAAGCGUCAUGCAGAUGUUGAGCGACUGUUCGAAACUGUACUAGACAAACUGGGCCAAUGCGAGGACGUGGCUGAUUUUGACAGGAAAAUAUAUCCAACAAUGUCAGUAUUCCAAGCUGCAUGCCUGUUCUACAUGAGGCAAGGCAAUCGAGAAAAAUCAUUGAAGUGCCUCCAAACUGUUCUCAAAUGUUCAGCACAUAUAUUCAGUGAUGAUUCUGACAUCAACGUGUACACUGAUCAAGCCAGCAUGAAUCACAUCCACUUCUGCACUGCUGUACUGAACUUCCAACACAGCUUGAGGUACAAGGAAGAAGUAAAGAAGACAAUACUCGCUGACAUCGACAGGGUCUGUUCCAUUGUAUUAUAUCGUGCAACAACGUUCGGACCAAAGCUAGUUGAAACGUGCACUGACUGUAUCUAUACCUCUGGAAAGACACUAGAGAACACGGGAGAAACUCUGGCAGCAGUAGAGAUGUUCCAUGUUGGCCUGAAGAUUUGUACCUCACAAGAAUCGUUCGCCAAAGCGCUUGUCUUUCUGACGUCUAUGUUCAGAGCUCGUGGAAUGCUGUAAAAGGCAAAUGUCACAAACAAUACUAAGCCGAUUGACAUUUUCAUUGUUCAGACAGAUGUGUAGCUGUUUUCCCUGGUUUCAUUUCUUUGUUUCUUGUAGGCUGUGUUUGAAUUGAAUUGAAUUUAAAUUGGGAAAGCUUAACUUAGUCUCUCAUUGGACACAGCUCUAUCAACUAUGUAUUGUACAGUUGAGUUAAUCUUUCAUAUAACAUUGUAUAUACGGUAAGCAUCAUUGAAGGAUAAUGUGUAAAUGAUAGGUCAAUGCAAUAUUUAAAGGAGGGUUAAAAUAGACGCGUGUACAUGUGGUGCCAAAUGAAUGAAAUUGUGUUGGUCCCUUCUGCUUUUUGUGACCUUUGAUGAUACGUGAUUACAGUCUGUCUCAAUAUAAUUUCCCACUCUUC